AUAAAGUGGUUGCACAUAUGAUGGGUAACAAAGGAACGCGGAGAGAUUGAGACUCGUGUCAGUUUUGGCUCUCAUUUCCUAAAGUGGGUUUUUUUGUUCGAACGAUUAUUAUUUUUGUCGACGUGAAAUUCGGUUAUACUUUUAGAAAUUCUGUACCCACAAUGUCGCGAUCAACCAGAGCGGCCAGGAAACGGGACGAACCGGAGCCUGAGCCUGAGACGUCAAUGGCCUUGGCGUCAAUGGCUGAUGAGAGUGCCUCACCCCCAAAAGCCCCCAAACUCUUGUCGGAGGAUGAAUCAUCCGAAGAGUCGGAUGACUCUGAAUGUGGCUCUGGGACGACGACCGUGUCCAGUGUUCCCGACGCCACGGGAGGAGCGCUGCGACGCAAAUACAAUAAACUCAUUGACGACUGUCGAAAGCUUGAGAAGAGGGAGGGGUUUUCGUCCGACGUACAAGCUGUGAUGACCAAAAAUAUCCAAAGUGCUUCCUCCCUUUUUCAACAAUUGUCGCAUACGCAGCCCCAAGUGGCAUCUGAAAAUGCCAAUAGGUCCCAGAUAAUGACUGAAACUGUGGGGAGCACGCCUGGAGACUUGUAUAUGGCCUUUCUUCACACAAAAAUGAUUUCCGAAGUACUUCGGAGCAAAACGGAUAGCAUUGGAGCAUCAAAUUCUGGGUUUAAGAUGGACGAAUUUAUAUCCAACGUGAAACGGAAAGCUGUAACAGACGCGGACGACCUGCCUGCAUACUCUUCAAAAAUUGUGUCAAAGUUUCUUUCAAUGGAGUUUGCCGUAGCCUCUAAAACAUUGCCUCUCGUCACCGCAGUCGUCGGAAGUUUUGACAGAGACGCAAUUUCAGUACCAAAAGAGAAGAAACCACGUGCACCCAUAGUUCGAAAACGAUUUGAUGAUGUCGAGAAAACCCAAGAAGAGGUCAACCUUGUUCACUACAACAAGUCGGAAGGGCCACAAAAAUUAGCCCAUCACUUGAGUAGGCUUUUACGACAACAUACGAGAAUUCAUACCGAACCCACCACGUUGUACGAGUUUUGCCUAGACCCAGGAUCCCUAAAUAAAUCAAUCGAAUCAAUUUUCUAUGUGGCGUUUUUGGUCCACGAUGGAGUAGCCGGGCUGCAUAAAUUGGCUGGGUCGCCGAUGAAGGACUUUGCUAUUGAAGUAAAACCUGAGAAGAGGACAGAAGAGGACGAACAACAGCAGAAGCAAAUAUCCAGCAGAAGAAAUACAAGAAAUCAGUACAUUUUGUCAUUUUCCGCUAGAAUGUUCAAGAAACUUUGUCAGGCUGCGAGCGGAGACCCCAUCAUUCCCCCCUAUGCAACCAUGGAAGGGCUUCAAGCAAUGGAGGACAAGCAAACAUAAAAUUUACUAUAGCCAAACUGGCCAGGCGCCACACAGAGAAUUUUUAAAUAAUACACUAUGAUCGCUGUAUAUUCUCAAACUUCUACGUACCUGUCGUUUUUAUCUUAAUCUUCGGAAUACAAAUUUUUACCCUAUAACAAUAUAAAUCCUAUACUAUUUAGCAACUUUUGUCUUACAUAGCCUUAAUUCAACGCAAUUAUAAAAUUGUUUGUAGCCUUCAGUAUAAUUAUUGCUCAGCUAACUCUUAUUAUAAGUACAAUAUUUUAAGUAAUGAGAUAACAUUGUUAACAAAUCUCCAAUAAACGCAGUGUGCCAACAUGUAUCGACACUUAGCAAUCGUAACCCGAUCGUCAGGUGCCUAAGUAGUGUCGCAACAUUUUGGCCAUAUGCAUUGGAUUAAAAAGUAA